UUGAAAGUCAAGCGGAUCCCCGGAAACACUUGUCCGCAUUCUAUCUGUUCGAGGUUUAAAACAGACUUCCACAUGACCGCUGCAGCUAGAAUAAUGUCCAAGUUCCGUCUGGCCGUGGUCCAGCUGCAGGUGACCAGCGUCAAGGCGGACAACCUGAGCAGAGCCCGGCGGCUGGUGAAGCAGGCGGCGGGGCAGGGCAGCAGGGUGGUGCUGCUGCCGGAAUGCUUCAACUCUCCAUAUGGAACCAGCUUCUUCUCAGAUUAUGCAGAGAAGAUCCCAGGAGAGUCCACCCAGAUGCUGUCGGAGGCGGCUAAAGAGAACCAGGUGUAUUUAGUUGGAGGAUCCAUCCCAGAGGAGGACGGGGGGAAGCUGUAUAAUACCUGUGCAGUGUUUGGUCCUGAUGGAGAGAUGAUUCUAAAACACAGGAAGAUUCACCUGUUUGACAUCAACGUUCCGGGAAAAAUCUGCUUCCAGGAGUCGGAGACUCUGAGCCCCGGCAACAGUUUGUCCACGUUUGACACGCCUUUUUGCAAAGUGGGCGUGGGGAUCUGCUAUGACAUGAGGUUUGCAGAGCUCGCUCAGAUCUACAGCCGAAAAGGCUGUCAGCUGCUGGUUUAUCCUGGAGCUUUUAACAUGACGACCGGUCCAGCCCACUGGGAGCUCCUGCAGAGGGGGAGGGCUGUUGAUAACCAGGUGUAUGUGGCCACAGCUUCACCUGCCAGAGACGAAACGGCAUCGUAUGUGGCCUGGGGUCACAGCACUGUUGUAAACCCCUGGGGAGAGGUCGUCUCCAAAGCGGGAGCAGAAGAAACGGUUAUCUAUGCAGAUAUCGAUCUGCAGUAUUUGAGCGACAUCCGGCAGCAGAUCCCCAUCACAGCUCAGCGGCGGGACGACCUCUACGCGGUGACGUCUGUGCAGGAGGCAUCAGGCUGAGCCAAGCAGCUCAAACCUCCUUCAUCUCCACCAGGCUAUAAAUCAAAGUGGAUUCUGAUCUGGAGUGAUGUCAUUUGUGGAUGGAGUUCAUUUUUCUUUGAUCUUCAUGAUGAACAGAACAUCGCAAACCUGAGUGACGUAACUCUGUUUUGUUUCACUGAUUAUUCGGGAAGAAGCUUCACGUCUGCUUAAGAAUCCUGAACAUUUUUUGAAUAAAACUGUUUGUAAAUGUGAUUUUAACAUUUGGAAUUCACAAUAAAAAGCAGAAACUUUCCUACUUAAA